AUGGCAGCACACAAUCACAUUCCUCUUCCUAUUGGCCAAGUUCCUUCUUCUCCUUACUAUAUUCAUCCUUCUGAUAUGAACUCCAUGCAAUUUGUCUCGAACAAAUUCAAGGAUGAAGGUUUUACUGACUGGAAGAGAAGCAUGACUAUUUCUCUCUCAACUAAAAAUAAGCUAGGUUUUGUUACUGGCAUAAUCAACAAACCUAAUCUUCAAUAUGCCUCUUACAAACAAUGGGAAAGGUGCAAUGACAUGAUCAUUUCAUGGAUUAUGUACAAUCUUGAUGCUAUGAUAGCUCGUAGUGUCUUGUAUUUUAAUAUUGCAGCUGAGAUAUGGAAGGAUCUUGAAGAUAGAUAUGAUUCAAUUGAUGCAUUUUUCACCAAAAUGAAGAUGCUAUGGGAUGAAUUGCACUUGCAAUCUUACUCAAAAGAUUUUCAAACUACAACAAGAUCAGAGGCUAAUGCAGUUCUUGAUGAAGCUCAAUGA